CAAACAAAAUAUAGACGGAGAAGAUUUCUUGUCCUGUAGAUGUUAACUCUCUCCGGGUAAAAAGGAAUCUCUGGACUGAAAUCAUUUGAUUCAUUUUCUCCAGAAAUCGACCGACUAUCCGAGCCGGCCUGGAAAAAAGGGAAGACUUUCCGCAGCCUCCACUCCCACGAUUUUCCUGACGUCACGGGAAAACGUCAACGAGAGGUUAGGUUUAUAAGGAUGAAUUCAAGGCUAAUGAGAACUCUGUGCUGUCAGAAUCGGCACCGAGUGUGCAGCAAGUUUUAUUGAUUUUUGAAUAGAAUGGCGCCUAGACAUAUGUUUUGCUUAAGAGUUGCUUUUCUGUUAUCAAUAAUCAUUGAUUUGACAUGUUGUGAAGUGAAAAAGUUUCCACUGCUGAUGCCAAAUGUAUAUCCUGACAGGGACGAAUUAUACUUAUGCACACCCGUGAGAGUGAUUGACAACAAAAGUUUCUACAUAGUCGGUUUCGAACCAAAUGCCACCAUGAACGUAGCCCAUCACAUGCUGCUUUUCGGCUGUACAACUCCAGGAACAACAGAUGAUUAUUGGGAUUGUGGUGAAAUGGCUGUUUCUGAUUCGGUUAGCAAUUUGAGAAGGGCAAGUCCUUGCGCCGACGGAAAUCAUGUCCUAUAUGCCUGGGCCAGAGAUGCUAGAACACUUGAAUUACCCGAAGAUGUUGGUUUCCAAGUCGGUCAAGGAACAGCCAUACAAUACAUCGUUCUGCAAAUACAUUAUUCGAAAAAAUUCCCUGAAAGAAAAACAGAUAACUCCGGACUUUUCUUAAUGUAUACUGAAGAACCCCAAAAUAAAUUAGCCGGUGUCCUAUUACUAGGAGUAGGGGGCCUGAUACCCCCAAGAACUAUAACGCACAUGGAGACAGCGUGUCAGAUAACAGAGUACAAGACGAUACAUCCAUUCGCAUACAGGACCCAUACACACACCUUAGGACGCGUUGUGUCAGGAUAUAUUAUCAGACGUGAUGAAAAUGGAAAGGACCAUUGGAAAUUGCUGGGAAAAAGAGACCCACUUACACCUCAGAUGUUUUAUCCAGUAUUUGACAAUGGCUCUAUUUCGUAUGGAGACCGUGUAGCUGCCAGAUGUACAAUGGAUUCUACUAGAAGAGAUCGAAUCACCCAGGUUGGGCCAACGAACAAUGAUGAAAUGUGCAACUUGUACAUUAUGUACUAUGUAGAGAAUGACACCCCACUUGAAAUGAAAUAUUGCACAACCGAGGGCCCACCUUACUACCACUGGAGUAAUGAAAUCAAUGAUUUGAACAACAUUCCUGACUUUGAAGCGUCUUCGCUGGACUAGACAAGGAAACGACCAAGACUUACAAAAGAUACAUUCCAUGAGAGAUUCUACGCAUAUUAUAUAUACACAAUAUUUUUGUAUGAUUAUUUUGGGCACUUGACCGUUUAUUUUUUUAAAUAUCCUAACCCAUACGAGAACAUAUGGAAUAUUCAGCUACUAAUAUACGUAAUAACAUGUCAAGGGUUAGAACUAGUCAAUUUAUUGUUUAUUUUUUCCAUAUCAAUAGGUUCAAGUACUUGGAACUGAAAUGUACCUUAUUAGUGUAACUGAAUUCAGAAUAAUGUACUUAAGUAGUAGUAGAACUCCUCUUUAAUCAAAGAGUACAAAGAAAUGUAAGAAUUAGUAUGGUGUCUUAUCACUUUUUAUUGUUGAACGUCCAUUUUAAACUUGAAUUGUUUGUGAGUAGAAAAGUCAAUGUAUUUAGGUCAAUUAAAAUAUGAACUACGCCCUUGUCAUUUAUGAUCAGAGUGUUGAUCUUUGUUGUGCUGUGUCCUUCGUUUCCUUUCUAUACUUGCUACACCAAAUGCCUUUAUGGAACAUUUCUAUAGUACUGAUUUACAGAAAUGACUGGAAUUAUGAUGAUUGAUUGAUUUUGUUUUGCAGGAUCCUAAUGAAGCAUUUUUUAAAUUAAUGAACAGAAUAUUGUUCAUUCAUGAGGACUAGUGUGAGCAAAUUUUAUUUUAUGAUGUUGGAGUCUGUACAGGGUAUAAUAGAUAAAGUUACCCAUUAUUCAAACAAUAUUUCUACUUACAUCUGAAGUAUGUUCAUUAAAUGUUUCUAUGUUCUAUACAAUAAAGGAAAUCAUGCCUGUGUGUUCUCGGAUGGUACUUUCUCUUCACUGUAACCAGGGAGUAUUACCAUAUCAGAUGUAGGCUGUUUUGCAUGAUAUGUUGUCUCAAUCUGUGAAUCUCGUAGUCAUCUGAUCAUGUCCGUCUAAUUUUAUGAAAAUGAACAGUAUUAAACUUAUGCACAAGUAGAUUGUUGAAUUUUUGAUAAAUUUUAUUUACCCAGUUGACUAUCUGAUAAUUUGAAUUUAUUCUUUAUAAUACUGCACAUACCGUAAUUUGAAAACUGAUACGUACUUAAACCAGAUCUAUAUAAAAUCACUGACUUUCAUUGUUGUACAUAAAAUUUGGAAUAAAUUAUUUUGAAAAAG